UCUAGUUUAUAUUCAGGUUAACUCGGAGGUUACAUGAUAUGAAUCCUUGAUGAAGAUCGAUAAAGACAUCAUAAGACUGGUUAGGAUCAUCAAAAAUUCAGAAAUUUAAGAAGAUUGGCGAGAGAUUGAGACGUUCAAGCGUAACAGCAUGACCCAGCUCAGUAGACUUGACGCCGACAGUCGCUUUCUCUCAGCUAAGUUUGCCCUUUUAUUCUCAUUUUAAUAUUUAAUUUCUUGCCUUUUCUUCAAGACGUUGCCAUGAUGAACCAACGUAAGUGCUUUAUCUUAUAAAUUGAAAGACUCUAAUGCCUAGAAGAGAUUUUUUWAAGAGACGACUGUUUUAUAUAACCGGGCCUCUCCCUAAGCUUUCAAGUAUCGGUCAUUAGACUUUAUUGUAGGAUUGACGUCAUAAAAAUACCACAAUGAGAUGAUUUAUUACUUCAGAUGCUGAAAAGACUUUUUAUUUGGUAUCCAACAGAGUAUUUCUCUAUUUACGAGGUAAAAUUCACAAGGUCUGGACUCGUACGGAAUGGAUGGAGUGAAGGACAAGUAUAGAGCAAACGAGAUGGCCCUAUUUCUGAGCACAGCCAUAACGUUAUGACGUCAAACGCAUCACUAACGCCAUCUUGUUCCUGCAAAUCACAUACAAUUCAUUUGAGGCAUUUCUUUAAUAUUGAACGAAAGCUGACGGAAGAUUGACUUGAAUUGAUGAUAUCAUAAAAGUGUAGUCAAGUCGUGCCAUGCCGAACGUCGAGGGCUACGCCAAUACCGCAGCAAUGACUUUAUUUUACAAAAUAAUACAAUCCAAAGAAUACGUUCAGUCAAGCUGAGAAUAGAAGACUUAUCCGCCCACGUUGAUAGCAACAAUAUAAAACAACCCACUUCUCCCGCUAUUAGUCUAUAGAAACAACGAAGCUUUCGUGUAGGACCCCAGUACCAGGUCAUAUCAACAUCAUCUACUGCAGCAUUUGAUUCAUCAAUAAUUUAUUUUGAAUACUUUAAAGGACUCUAACGAUAUAUUCCAAAGGAUUUUCGCGGAGUUCUAUCCUCUUAUGAUUCCAUUUUUUCCAUUCCAGUUCUCAUUUUUCAAUUUUUUCAGUGGGUUUGGCUUGAUAACGAGGCGAGUGGCAGCUGUUUUUCGUGACGUCAUUCAAAAUGGCUUCCGGCCGGCGGAGCAAGCAGUUACAGUAAAGAACUGUUUACCUUUCUACUGAUCGACUAUGUACGGAUCUUCCAUUCUGCUCAACCCUAUGGAUGACACUUGACAUUCACGUAGUCCUUACCGAUCUUCUGGUCCAGGUCGAAAGAAGGCUAUUCUAUCGGUCAAAAUGCUCAUCAAAGAGUAUAGAAUUCCUUUGCCAAUGAGCGUUGAGGAGUACCGUAUCGCUCAACUAUACAUGAUUCAGAAAAAGAGCCGAUUAGAAAGUACUGGUGAAGGAAGUGGUGUAGAAAUCCUUGAAAAUCAUCCGUACCGAAACAAAGAAGGAGAACGAGGACAAUACACCAAGAAGAUAUAUCACAUUGGCAACCAUCUACCAGGAUGGUUAAAAGCAAUUUUACCCAAAUCUGCUCUGCGAGUGGAAGAGGAAGCAUGGAAUGCUUACCCAUACACCAAGAUGAGAACCACUUGUCCGUUUGUUGAGAAGUUUGUCGUUGAUGUGGAAACAUAUUAUCUCCCUGACGCUGGACAAACGGAAAAUGUUUUCAAUCUCAGUCCAACUGAAUUGAGCAAUAGAGAAGUUGAUUUAAUUGACCCAAUAAUCGAGGAGGUUUUACCGUCCGACUAUCUCAUAGAGGAAGAUCCAUUGUUAUACAAAUCCAAAAAGACCAAUAGAGGACCAAUGCUGCCCAACUGGCUUGAUGAAUACCAAUCUGAUAAUCCUCCUUCUAGUGUCAUGUGUGCUUACAAGUUAAUCAAAGUCGAGUUUAAAUAUUGGGGAAUGCAGAACAAAAUUGAGCACUUUAUUCAUUGUGGUCUUCGCCGUCCAAUGCUGAUGGGUCACAGACAGGCCUGGGUAUGGCAAGACGAAUGGUAUGGACUAACAAUGGAAGACAUACGAAAACUCGAAGAAGAAACAAAAGCUAUCCUGUCUCAAACCAUGGGAAAACAAAUUGAUUCAAAUCAACACGGGAAUCUCUCAGACCGCGAGAGCGAUCAGGAGGGAGGCUUUGCCAACACAGAGAGUAGAGGAAGCGUGGUUCACGUGCCGCCUUUGAACUUUGCGAACAUUGAAGGGAAACGCGGUUCUAUUAAUGAAAUAAAUGGGUCGAAAUUAGAACUUAUUUCGAAGUAUUCUUUGGAAGAAUCUGAAGGGAACAUACCAUGUCCGCCAGUAGAGAUUAACAUAGAAAGACACGAACUUGAGAGAGAAGAUACUCCUCUUGUUUACCAAGAGCGCGAAAAAGAUUUUCCUGGGGUAUCGAAUAUGCGAGAUUCCUUUCCAAGGCAAAUCAGACCGAUAUCGUUUAGGGAUGGUAAGAGAGGUAGUGUGACGAGCUACGAGAGCGCCUCUGCGUCACUCCCUCGGAGGAUGUCUAAGGCUGAUGUUAUGAAAGGGUGGCAGAUGACAAGUAUCGAGACGUCUGAUUCUACCUCAGAAGAUGAGUUCUUUGAUGCUCAAGAGGAACUCGACAGUCCCGAAACAGAACCAAUGGGAUCCAAUCUCUUAACGAUACAAAAUAUCGAGCUGAGCAAUAGCUUCAAGAGCCUGGAGCUGGACUCUGAUUCGUCCCGUGGCUCACGGGAAUCCCUCGAUUCUGUAGGGUCGUCAGUGAUUGAUCAAGCCAGGGCUCCAACGUAUAUCCAUAAAGAGAGACUGUGCAAGAAGUACAGCGAUACGUCAACCAGUUCUAUAACCACGUGUAAAAUCACUACCCUCCUAUUGGUUGUUCACGGGGGAAGCCAACUCGAAAGUGGCCAGGACAGCCAAUCAAAAAUCAUGGAUUUAGAAUUAAUAGAGGACAGCUUUCAAACCGUCAUUAAGUCUCACUACAGGGGUGCCGUGGGGAGAUUCGCGAUUCGUUUGGUAGAAUGUCCGUCUGUCUGCUCCAAGGCACUCAAUAUGCUAUCACAGCUGUGCCCCUAUGUAGAUAGUGACUCAGAUACAGGCAGUUGUAGUUCGGGUUUUUGUCCUAUCUCAAGUAGUUUCCCAAUAAGUGCCAUUCCGUUGAUGGUCACUUCAUCGUUAGAGUACGAUGAGAUGGUCGCUGCCAUGAUAACAGCUACCAACUCAGUCUAUCAGGAGUUCUUACGUUCAGAUGAAGGGCAAGGGUUCAAUGGAGAGGUGUCUAUUCUUGGCGACUGUAUGGGUGCCUUACUAGUCUACGAUGCUCUAACCAUCCCCGUACCGUACCGUGGCCGAACUCAAAGCGUCAACUCCAACAGCAGUUCACAAUUUCAACCAUCGGCAAACAAUUCUUCCUCCUCGUCUUUGAACGGCGAGUCAGGACCGUCGUCGCCAAAGAUAGAGAAAGCACGUAGGAUAAGCGCGCACGGUCCACCGAAGAACAAUCUUGCAGCUUCUAAGGGUUUACGUAUGUGUCUAAGCAGUGGAAAUCUAAGAGAGAAUGAGGAAUAUAGUACAGGUGAAGAGAUGGAUAGUCAAGGACGUAGAUCUGUGUCUCCUUCUGAAGGUAGUACAGGUUUCACUUACAAGGAGAGGACAGUGAGCAAGAACAGCUAUGAUGGUCUGUCUAUGUCCUUGGACUCAAUCGAUCAAAUGGCUUUCGAUUUUGAAGUGUCCAAGUUCUUUGCUUUUGGCUCUCCUAUUGGCUUGGUCUUGGGAUCGAGGAAGUUCAUACAAGGCGAAGAUUAUAAAUUUUUACCGCCAAGACCAGCGUGCACACAGUUCUACAACCUAUUCCACCCAUUCGAUCCAUCAGCCUCUAGAAUCGAACCUCUAAUCAUCCAACAAUUUGGGCAAAUUCCAUCAGUCAGUGUUCCCCGAUAUCAUCACUUCCCAUUAGGUGACGGGCAGUCACACUUUGUGAAAAACACCAUCGGGGCGUUUCCCGAUAUCUUCUCGAACCAAAAGGCCUCGCCUCGCCUCUCUCCUCAUGGGAUCCCUGGUCGUCCAGGGAUUACGAGACAUGAUAGUAACAUGAGCACUUCUAGUGUUUCAUCUUUGGACAGCUUAUAUGAAAGACCCUUUGAAAUGGAUUCAGGAUACGCGUGGUGGGGUAACAAGCGGCUGGAUUAUGCUCUAUAUUGUCCUGAAGGACUACAGCAGUUUCCUACUGCAGUUCUUUCUCCGCUCUUUCAUGUCAGUUACUGGGAAUCAAGUGAUGUGGCUGCUUUUGUUGUCCGACAGAUACUCCGUGGUGAGUGGGACAUAUCUACCGUAUCAUCACCCAGUAAGCGAGGCAUGACCUUCUCUCCUUCACAACCAAGAGAAAAAUGGUUGAGGCGAAGAACAGCCAUUAAAAUCAAGAAUCUUAAUUCCAAUCAUCGAGCUAAUGAUAUAGUGGUUAUGGAGGGCACUCCCCAGGUCCUCUCGGCUAGAUUCAUGUACGGACCGCUGGACAUGGUAUCGCUGAGCGGCGAAAAGGUCGAUAUUUAUGUCAUGGUGCAACCCCCUUCAGGAGAGUAUGUGCUGCUCGAUACAGUGGUAACAACAAGUGGUGGACGUCUAUCCUACACGAUACAGGACGAUAAGCAGCUUCCUGUCGGUAUUUUCCCUCUUAAGAUGGUUGUCAGAGGAGACCACACAUGGGUAGACAGUAAUCUAGCCGUGUUACCACCCAAAACAGAGUCAGUAGUAUUCAGUAUUGAUGGUUCGUUUACUGCUAGUGUAUCAAUAAGGGGCAAAGACCCUAAAGUGAGGCCAGGAGCUGUUGAUGUCGUCAGGCAUUGGCAGGAGCUGGGAUACCUCAUUAUCUACGUCACAAGUCGACCUGACUUCCAGAAGCAUAAAGUAAUGUCAUGGCUGGCAGAGCAUAACUUUCCCUACGGUCUUGUUGCGUUUGGUGACGGGAUCACUAAAGAAAUACAGAAACAUAAAACGGAAUUUUUACGCAAAAUUAUUAACGAGAGUCAAGUGAUCGUCCACUGUGCGUAUGGAUCAGUUAAGGACAUAUCUGUCUACUCUCACAUGGGAUUAAAACCACAACAAAUCUUCUGUGUCGCCAAACAUCAUGUCAGGAAGUACGAAAAACAAGCUCAGUUCCUAAAAGAAGGUUACGCAGUCCAUCUAAAUGACCUGUCAACCAACGCCAUCUCGCGGCCAGCUUUGGGCAACUCUCGUCUGAUUAUUCGUCGAGGAUGCUUUGGGCUUCCCACGAGACCAUCCAAGUCACGUCACAAGCAGCUCAAACGAACCAGUUCAGAUAAACAAAGAAACAAAGGUCAAAAGUUGGAGAUACAAGGAGAAGGACCUGCGAUUUCGGGCACGUUUAACUACUCUUCUUUCAGGCAGACUAAAGGUCUUUCGAUAAAUAAAAUCCCUUAAUGACUUCAUCCUUAACUUAAACUGCGCUGUACUUUAUCUCGUUUCAAGAAGGUAGGUACCCUGGGGCCCAGAGGUUAUUGCAUUCUCGCUCCGGCAUUUCUGAUAAUCAAACCCAUUUAAAAUCCUAGGUGGCUGGCUCCGAGACAUGACUAAUCUUGGCUAGAAUGGUAAAAUAGACUUCUUACCAAAAAAACGCAGUCCUUGCUAAAAAAAAAAGUGAUAACGAAGCUGUCGAGAAAAUUAUUUUUUAAACGCAGGAAUUAAGUGUAAAUGUUGUUUAUUUUGUUAAUAUUUUAUGUUUUGUAAUAUAAUUCAGUGCUAUCCCCGUAAGCCGCCACUGUGCUUUUACAAGUUUAUUUAAUUAGAAAUAUUGGUUUCCGUCGGAUGUAGCGAGUUAAAAUGGCGGGCGGCGUCUCUGUCCUUUGCAUACCGCACGUCGCUUGGUCUACGUGUUUGCGGUCAGAUAUUCAUCUAAUGCUGUUUUAUAUUCACGAGUUAGACCAGACGAUAAAUUUAUCUUUCCGUAUUGGUUCUCUAAGUCACGUAGAUGAUGUGAUGCCAAGAUAAAAAUAGAAAAGAAAUUCUUCAUUGAUUCCGAAGGUUCAGCCUUAAAAAUCUUUACUCCUUCAUUACUUAGAGCCCGCUGUCUUAGAUUAGAGGUAGCCAGCAGUCUUAGAGCUAAAACGGCAAACAAGCCAAACGUCAGCUCAUGCGUAGUAGUAACUUUCAAGUUUAAUCGUUUGAAUUUAAUGGGGAACCAAGUCCUUUUUAAUCUGUAGCCAAAGUUUAAAAUAGCGGAACCUACUUGACUAGUGCAUAAAAAAAAAUAAAAAAAGAAAGCUAAGAGUUUAAAGAUUUUAUCGAUCUUUUAUUUAUUGAGAAAGUUUGCUUAUGUAUAGAGCAACUCUUAUGCUGUAAAUAAGAUACUUUAUUUGACAAACCAACAACUAUAUAUAAAAACUCCAUUUAUAUAUUUAAAAGAAAGUUGACCAAUAUCAUGAAAGUUAACAAAUCAACCGCCCCGCCAAUCCGAAUGAUAAAAAUUCAGUUUAUUCAGAAAACUUGGCUUAAUUUUUCGAACGAGUUCAAAAUCGUCAGUUUUACGUGGUUAUAAAAUUUAUUCCAUCGAUUUUGCAGCGUUCGAAACAUUAUUUCGCAGAGUAACUAGUUUAAUUCAUUGAUUCCAGUAGAUGAGAAUUCAUUGGAAUUAUUGCGUAAGCGUAUAAUCUCACUACUGGAAGAAAAGAAAAAGAUCAAUAUAAAGUAGUUGGGUCAAAAAUAUCACUUUAGUUUUGAUAACUUUUAGCCAAUUAAUUCCUAGAUUAAGAAUUUCUAUAUGUUAAACUUCAUGAAAAUUUGGUCAUACUCAUUUAAAACCUCCUUAACUUGAAAAAAUUAUGGGUAAUAUAUUGCCUUUCUGGUUUUAAGGCUCUGAAAUCACCCGUGUUCCCAGGUCCCACUCGGCUUAUAAAUCAGCAAGGGCCUGGAAACGAUCGGGGAUUCUUGAAAAUAUUAUAAAUAAUUGUGCCGUGAUAAAUCUUCGAGAAUUGAAUUAGAUAUGAAUUGAUCAUUAGAAACCUUUUUUGGUUUCAGUAAUUCUGGCAAAAGCCUAAAAAAAUAAUCAUUAAGAUGAAAUAGAAUUAUAAUUGUUACAAAUGUAAAUUAGAAUGAAUUUAGAGUAUAAGUGUCGUUACUAGAUAUAAUAUUGGUAAAUGAAGAUACUAGUAGUGUUUGAAAAGACUAAUAAAAAUAAUAUGAAUAUCA